AUGCAAGUUGAUUUCAUACUAAAAUUCUUCAUUUUUAUUUCAUUAUUAUUAAAUACUUAUAUCAUUAAAUCUAUUCCUAUUCAUGAACCGAAUGUAUUUUAUGUAAAUGAUGAUACAAAUGAAGGUCAACGAAUAGGUCGUAUUACACAUUUCAAUAAUAAUAAUAAUCAACCUAUCAAUUUUAAAACAGAUCAUUUCAAAGCUGUUAUUGUACGUGGUAAUCGUCCACCAGCUAUUUAUUUUCGUUUAGAUGAAAAUACUGGUGAUUUAUAUACACGUACUAUUAUUGAUCGUGAAGUAUUAUGUUUAAAACAAUAUCAAAUCAAUAAAAAUUUAAAUAAUAUACAAACUAAUUUAAAUAUUGAUUAUUCUCAAAUCAAUUAUCAAUAUAGAUCAAUAUUAUCAUCAAAUUCAAAAAUUAUAGAUCAAUGUAAAUUUACAUUUCAAAUAGCAUUACAUCGUAUAUUUAUAUCACAACAAUUAAAAAAUGAUCAUACAAUGGAAUCGAAUUAUCCUUAUUUACCAGAAUUUAUUGAUAUUCAUAUUAUAAUUAUUGAUCGUAAUGAUCAUAUUCCUACAUUUCAACCACAUUCAAUGAUUAAUUUAUCUAUACCAGAAUCAGUCCCAAUUGGUACACGUAUACAAUUACCAUUAGCAUAUGAUCCAGAUUCACCAGAAUUUAGUAUACAACGUUAUGAAUUAUAUCCUAUCACUAUAACUGAUUUUACAUUAUAUAUAGAAACAAAAGAUAUUCUAUAUAAUACAAAUAUAAUACAAGAAAUAACUGGAUUAUAUUUAGAAGUUAAAACAAUACUUGAUCGUGAAUUAUGUGAUCAUUAUAUACUUGAAGUGAAAGCAUGUGAUUCAUCAUCUAUAACAAAUACAUUGAUUUCAUCAUCAAUAAAUGAUAAUCGUAAUAUUUUAAAAAUAUAUUUAACUAUUGAAGAUAUUAAUGAUAAUGGACCAAUAUUUCAACCUCAAACUAAUAUAACACAAAUGGAAUCAUCUACUGAUAAUGUACCUAUUUCAGUAAUAUCAUCAUUAACAUCAAUACAAUCAACAAGUAUAUUAUGUUAUAAAAUUGAAGUGAUUGAAUCAAGCUGGAUCAAAUCUCCUAUCUUAAAAUUGAUUACAAAAGAUUUAGAUAGUACAAAAUAUUCAUUAACAAAAUAUGAAUUUGCUACAAAUACCGAAUAUAUGAUAAAACAAUUAUUUAAAUUAAAUGAACAUACUGGUGAAUUAUAUUUAAAACAACCAUUAGAUUAUGAAAAACAUACUAGUUAUACAUUUGAUGUAUUAGCUAUUGAUAGUGAAUAUGAUCGUCGUAGUAAACUAGAUAAUAAUCUACAGUUAGUGAAUUCCCGUAUACAAAAUAAUAUUUUUACAUCUACAGCAAAUAUCAUUGUCAAUGUAUUAGAUAUUAAUGAUGAAAUACCUAUAAUUGAAUUAGAUUAUUUAAGAAUAGAUGAAACAACUGGUAGACCAGCUACAUUUGCACGUAUUGAAGAGAAUAAUGAUCCACCACAAUUUAUAGCGGAUAUUUUAGUUACUGAUCGUGAUGCUAAUGCCUUGAAUAGUCAUGUCAUUUGUACAUUAGUAAAUAAAUCAAAUAGAAUACACAAUAAUAAUAAUAAUAAAACAGAUACAAUCAAUACAUCAUUUCAAUUAACUGAAGUAAAACGUCAACCCGGUCUAGUACAAUAUAAUAUGUUAACUGUAAAUAGUUUAGAUAGAGAAAUAAAUGGUGCAAUUCUUCGUAUAAAAAUUCAAUGUACUGAUUCUGGUGAAAUAAAAAAAACAUCUGAAGUGGAUAUUAUCAUACAUAUUAUAGAUGUAAAUGAUAAUAGUCCAUUGAUACAACUUAUAUCACAAAAUUUACAUACAAUAACAAAUUCUAAUGAUAAUCUUAUUCAUUUAAAAGAAAAUACACCAACUGGUACAAUAAUUGCUUAUUUUAAUAUAACUGAUAUAGAUUAUGGUGAGAAUAGUCGUACAACAUGUAAACUUUUAUCAAUCAUAAAUGAUCCAUUAUUAUCAUUUAAUAUUCAUGAAUAUUUUCAUAUUGAUCCAAUAACAUGUAAUUUAAUAACACAAAAACCAAUUGAUCGUGAAUUCACUUAUCCACCAUUAAAUAUAAUUGAUUUAAUUAUUGAAAUUCAUGAUCAUGGUCAACCAAUACAUAAAUCAACUAUGAAUAUAAAAUUAAAAAUUAUUAAUGAAAAUGAUAAUAAACCAUUAUUUCAACAUAAAUUUUAUCAAUUUAAUAUUAAAGAAAAUUUACCAAUUGGUGUUAAUGUUGGUCAAUUAAUUAUUACUGAUUUAGAUGGGGAUUAUGAUCAAUUAAUUGUUAAAUUACAUAAACAAGAACAAUUACCAUUUCAAUUAUGGAAAUCAAUCAUUCCUUCAUCAUCCUCCUCCUCCUCAUCAUCAUCAUCAUCAUCGAUCAUUAAUCAAUAUGAACCAAAUGUUAUGAUAUAUUAUUUAAAUACAACAAAAAUACUUGAUCGUGAAGAAAAAUCAAUUUAUGAAUUUGAUGUUUAUGCAAAUGAUUUAAUCAAUGAUAAUCAAUUAUAUAAUCAAUAUAAAUUAUCAAUCAAUAAUAAUGAUAAUCAUAAAACAAGUACAACAGUAUUAGUUACAAUUGAAGAUGAAAAUGAUAAUGAUCCAAUAAUAAUAUUUCCACAACAAUCAGAUAAAAUAUUUAUUCUAUCAAAUUUAGAAAAAAAAUAUUAUCAAUUAAUGACAGUCAAUGUAAAUGAUAAAGAUUCUACAUCAAAUACAUUUAUAUUUAUGUUAGAACAAGAAGAUUACAUAAAAAUCAAUAAUAAUACGUUAAAAAAUAGUCAAUCAAAUGAAAUCGAUAUCGAUCAUACUAAAUCAUUAGAUCCAAUCAAUCAAUUACCAAUCAAUUCAUUUUUAGAUAUUGAUCGUAGUUUAGGUAAUAUAUAUUUAAAUAGAGAUUUACAACAAAAUGAUACAGGUACAUAUAUUUAUUAUAUUAUUGUACAUGAUAGUAUAAUUAAUCCACGUACAGCUUCACUUCGAUUUAUUGUUAAAAUAGAAUCAAUACCAUUAUAUACAAAUCAAUUAAAAUCUAAUUAUUUAUUCAAAAAUCAAUAUAAUGAAAAUAUUAUAAUGAAUACAAAAUAUAUUGAAACAAAUGAUGAUUAUACUACUUAUUAUUCUACUAAUAAAAAAUUAAAUAAUUCUUCUAAUCUAUUAUUAUCAUCACCAUCAUCUAUAUUAUAUUCAUCAUUAUCUAAACAAUUAACACAUCGUUUAACAAAUGAUACAAUAUUAAUACUUUCAUUAGGUUUAAUAUUAUUAAUAUUAUUAGCUACAUUAUGUUUAAUUAUAUUUGCACGUCAUUGGUCAUCCAAUUCAACGAUACAACAUCAUUCUAUCAUAACAUCAGAUAAAAUUCAAUGUUCUAAAUUAUUUUGUUUUAGUACAUCAAAUCAUAAACAAUUAACUAAUGAUAAUAAUAAUAAUAUGAAAAUGGAUAAAAUUGAAGUGAUGAGCAUCUUACAACCAACACAUUCCCAUUCCUAUUCUCAUUCACCAAAUACACAGAAUACUUGUUCACCAACCAACUGUAAUAUUAAUAAUAAUAAUGGUAAUAUGAGAAUAGAUAAAAAUGAAGUGAUGAGCAUUUUACAAUCAACACAUUCCCAUUCUCAUUCCUAUCCCUAUUCAUCAAAUACACAGAAUACUUGUUCACCAAUCAAUUGUAAUAAUAAUAAUAAUACAAUACAAUCAUUCAAUACAUUCAAUACACAUUUGAAUGAUUCAUAUAAACAAAAAACUAUAGAUACUGAUAAUAUUUAUUAUCAUGAUUGUAAACAAUUUACAUUAUUACCUAUUAUAACAAGUUCAUAUAAUUCAAUGAAUGAAUUAUAUCCAAUUGAUGAUUAUACAACAUUACAAACAAUGAAUACAUGUAAAUGUUAUACACCAUCAUCUAUAAAAUCUACUACAUAUAAUAUAAAUCAUAAUUUCAAUGAUUCUAUUAUAAUACAACCUAUAAAACAUAAUACAUUACAAUUCAAUCAAUUGACUACUACUACUACUAAUAAUAAUAAUAAUAAUAAUAAUAAUAGUAAUAAUAAUCCCAUUUCAUAUUAUACAAGUUUAUCACCAAAAUUAAAGUCUGAUCAUUUCAUUGAAAAACGUAAAGUAAGAAUUAUGUCAAUGGAUGAAAAUAUUGAUAAUGAAAUAGAGAAAAAUUCUCCUUCUGAAUAUUUAACAACUUGAUUAAUAAUAAUAAUAGUAAUACUAUUGAAUAUAAGUAAUUCCAUAAAAUGAAAGAAUAUUCCUCUGAAGUGAAUAGUCAUGGGAACAAUCCAUAAAUCAACGAUUUUUCAUGAAUAACAAUGAAAUUAAAAAGAAAACAAUCACUAGCAAACUUAAAACGAAGCCAAUUUAAUAAUAAUGAAACAUACAUUGAGAAAAUAAUAAUAUUUUUUACCUUAAAUCUUUAUAUACAGUAUUCCAACUCGUUUUUUAAACUUUGCACAGGGUUUUUAGAAAUAACCAAAAAAAAUUUUUUUAAUUUUUUUCCGCGUGUUUUGAAAUAACCACAGCGUUUUUUUAAAUUGAACUUCUUUAGUGAUUGUGUUUAAACAAUUUCAAUGUAUCAUGUCUUAAAUAACUAUAUAAAUCUUGUAUGGUUAAUUCAUUUAUUGAAUUUAGUAAUGAGACUUGUAAAUGAUUCAUUGAAUUCAUUCACUAAACCUUUUUUUGUAAAGUAUAAUCUACAGUUUAUAAAUGAUUCUUCUUAUAGAUUCAAUGAAUAGAUUUAUAGAAAAUACAUUUCGUAUUUUGGUUAUGGUUUUCAAUUUGUAAGAUUGACAGGAAUGAGAUGUAAUUCUAUUGAUUCUUUCACAGAAUGAACAAUCUCUCUUGUAAUCUUCUUAUUUCAUGACCUUCUUGUCUUUUUCUUCUUCUUCUUCUUCUUCACAUUUCCAAUGGCCUAAUAAUUCACAUCCAUAAGAACUACAGUAUCUUUAACAUUAUAUCCGUCUUCAAUAACUUUUUCUUUAUGAGGUAUUGUCUCAUCUGAUUUAACAUUAAAUCGUUUGUUUUUUCUAUUCAUCUCUGGUAUGCAACGAUGAUAAAAAAAUAAUUUUUUUAAAGCGCCGUAUUUAUUUCAAAAACCGCGGAAAAUUUUUUUAUAAUUUUUUUUGAUUAUUUUAAAAAACCCUGUUGAAUUUUUAAAAAACGAGUUCAAAUACUGUAUAUGUAUACGUCUAUAUUUUAAAAAAUAUUCUAUUUUUGUCUUAUUCAACAUUCAAUUUGUUUUCUUUUUGUUUAAAUGUUUUGUUGUUCAAUGUUCAAAUGUUUUUUUUUUAAUUUUGCGUUAUGUUUUGUUUUAUUUUCUACCAUUAUGAUUAUGACUAUUGUGAAUGAUAAUGAAAACAAACCAAAAAAGUGUUAAAAGAAAAUACAUCAUCAUGAUUGUUUAUUGAUUAUAUUUAUUGAAAUUAUUUUGUAAAUAAAUGUAAUGAAAAUA